UCAGUUUCUGAAAAUAUGUACUUCAAUACCCACUUGGCAACUGUGAGUAAUUUGGAAAAUGGGUUUUGGGGACAAAGAAAUUGGUGUCAAUUGGGUAAAGGCUUGAGAAGUGGCAAAUGGGUGAGGAAGAUUGAGUAUGGGAUUUCUUGUUCUGCUGUUACAUCUGAAAAUGGAAGGAAUAUUUUGACUGUUCAAACACCCCCACUUGAAAGACAACGAGUAAACCCAAAAAAUGUUGCUGCAAUUAUAUUGGGUGGUGGUCAGGGGACUCAGCUAUUUCCUCUUACACUUAAAGCGGCUACACCAGCUGUUCCAGUUGGAGGAUGUUAUAAACUUAUUGAUAUUCCAAUGAGUAACUGCAUUAACAAUGGAAUAAACAAGAUAUUUAUCCUCACUCAAUUCAACUCUGCAUCUCUUAACCGUCAUAUUGCUAGAACAUAUUUCGGAAAUGGUGUGAGCUUUGGUGAUGGAUUUGUGGAGGUUCUUGCAGCUACUCAAACAGCUGGAGAAACUGGUCUAAAGUGGUUCCAAGGAACUGCAGAUGCUGUGAGGCAAUUUAGUUGGGUAUUUGAGGAUGCCAAGAACAAGAAUGUUGAACACAUUCUUAUAUUGUCUGGUGACCAUCUUUACCGUAUGAACUAUAUGGACUUUAUCCAGAAUCACAUCGACAGAAAUGCUGAUAUAACUGUUUCAUGUGUACCCGUGGGAGAAGACCGGGCAUCGGACUAUGGAUUGAUGAAAUGUGAUAGUAAUGGACGAGUUGUACAAUUUACUGAAAAACCAAAGGGUGAUGAUCUGAAAGCAAUGAAAGUGGAUACUUCUACUCUCCACGGCUUGUCUCCAGAGGAAGCUGCGGAAGCUCCUUAUAUUGCUUCGAUGGGUGUGUAUGUGUUUAAGGCCGACGUUUUAUUGAACCUUCUGAAGUUGAGAUAUCCAACUUUCCAUGACUUUGGAUCAGAAAUCAUACCUUCUGCUGUGGACGAGCAGAAUGUUCAUGCAUAUGUGUUCCGAGAUUAUUGGGAGGAUAUUGGAACAAUAAAGAGUUUCUAUGAGGCUAAUUUGGCCCUAACAAAAGAGUUUCCAAGUUUCCAAUUCUAUGAUCCAACUACGCCCAUAUUCACAUCGCCUAGGUUCUUACCACCAACCAAGAUUGAUAAGUGCAAGAUUAAAGAUUCAAUAAUCUCACACGGUUGUUUCUUAAGAGAAAGUUGUAGCAUUCAGCAUUCGAUUGUUGGUGAAAGAUCGCGUAUAGACUUUGGUGUUGAGCUUAAGGACUCUUUGAUGAUGGGAGCUGAUCAUUACCAAACUGAAUCAGAGAUAGCCUCUUUACUUGCAGAGGGUAAGAUCCCAAUGGGCAUUGGCAGCAAUACCAAAAUCAGCAAGUGUAUAAUUGACAAGAAUGCAAAGAUAGGGAAAAAUGUCAUUAUCAAGAACAAAGAUGGUGUUGAAGAGGCAGACAGACCCGAGGAAGGAUUCUAUAUUCGAUCAGGAAUCACCAUCAUACUAGAAAAGGCUACAAUCAAAGAUGGAAUGGUUUUCUAAUUUCAACAUUCAACUCAAUCGGAAAAUCAAGAAGAGGACGUGAUGAAGCUGUGUAUGUAUAUUCCUUUCUUGUAUCUUGUAUCUUGUAUAAGAAAUAAUAUCCAUAUAGCUAAUAAUAGGUAGAGAGUUAUAUAUUCCUCCUACUUAUAAAAAGUUACAAGAAUAAGCUGAUAUUAGCAUAUUUGCAAUAAAUAAAAUGGCCUGUUGAAAUCA